AUGGUUUACUCAGUCAACACGCGGAAAUUUGUUCGGACCGUUCGAGAUGGGUUGAUUAAAACAUUGAAUGAAAUUUCAGACGGCAAAUCGCCACAAAUACUGGUCCUGGAGGCCACUUUGGUGUCAUUUGUGAACAAACUUUGCACUUAUAGCACGCUCAGAGAAGCCACACCAAUUGCCAAAGUGGUAACUGCAGAUAAGGACUGCUUUGAAGUUUUGGAAUCUCUUUUGAAAGAGACGCAAUAUCAGCUAGUUUUUGUGGUCGAUAUUCGAUCGGAUCUUCGAGUACCCACUGAGCUCGGAAAGCUCAUUAAAGCUUGGGAGUCCAACGUGCCACAUGUUGUAUAUGUGACGUGGCAGACGAACCCGUCAAAUUUUCCCAGCAAAUUGCCACAUUUUCUGAAGUGCCAGCUGGCAGAAAAUGUGCGUCUUCAUCCCUGGUUCGUGUUGCCUCUUCACGAGCUGGACGAUAAUCUGUUGAACACUAGGGUCUUGUACAAUAGUGCGGGGCAGAAUCUAUACUUGCCGCCAUCUGAGUCGAUGCAGAAAUCGUCGCGAAGCAUUUUGAUUCAAAACUUGUCGAGCUGCGUUCAAGCAAUUCUAAAAGAUUCUGGGCUUGCCAUUACACAUACGGCGUCAUUUGGACAAAACGCUCAUAAUUUGGUGGACCAUCUUCGUCGCGAAAUUGAAAGCCGAAAGGAUGAAGACGACGUGUUUGUCGACGAUACGUUAUACGGCAACCGCCAUUCAGGACUGCAGUGCAACCUCAUUGUGUUAGAAAGAGAUAUAGAUCCACUAACACCUCUCUGCUCGCAACUGACGUAUGCAGGGAUUUUGGAUGACCUUUACGAGAUGAAUGAUAAAAAUUUGAUACACGAACCACCCUUGACAGACGUUGAAGUGGUUACUCUCGAUAACGACAAAGACGAAGUUUGGAACGAGCUGAAAUUUAAGAAUUUCGGUGCUUUGGGACCGCGGCUCAACGAACUGGCCCGUGAGCUACAGGCUGGUUACGACGCUCGGCACCAAGCCGAGAGCGUGAGCGAAAUCAAGCAGUUCGUAGACAAUUUGGGUGGUUUGCAAGAGCGACAAAAGCUUUUGAAGCUUCAUACUGGGUUGUCUUCUACGGUAUUAAAAGAAGUGGCGGAUAAAGAGGAAGGAGAGGACGAAUCAUUGUUCAAUCGUGUGCUCGAGAUCGAACAAGACUCGAUUGCAGGGAACCUAGGACAGCGCUCAAAUUGUGAAAAGAUUUUGGAGCUUCUAUAUGAAGGUGUUCCCACUUAUACCGGGGCGCUUAGAUUAUGCUGCAUUUUCUCACUGGCUCGAAAUGGGAUUCGGGAUCGCGAAUAUAAUUUGCUUCGCACCGAGAUUAUUGAUAGGUGGGGGGUAGAGGCGAUGUUUGAUUUGCAGAGGCUGGCUAGAGCAGGGUGGUUUUUGAGCAAAUCUACUUUUUCGAAAUAUUCACCCUGGACGGAUUUCGAUACUUUUGCCGCGUACUUGGAGCUGAUACCACAGUCUGACAGGGACGGUGACCCUGGGGAGCCAAUGGAUAGCUCAUUUGCUUACUGUGGGACUGUACCGAUCAUGACACGGGCCAUCCAGCUUUUGUUCGACCGUUCGGUGGUGAGCAAGACAUUUUCCGCGCAACAGCCCUUCAUAAUAUCGCGUACGCCGUCUUGGCGAGGGCUUGAAGACCUUUUUGCACAGCACUACGGGCCCGGUAUUGUGCGGGAACAAGUGUGGGACGAGUCUGCGAAUCCACGAACCAAAGUGAUUGGCAAAACACCCAAAAACAGUGCAGACCCGGUUCUGGUGGUGAUGCUUGGUGGAAUCACGAUUGGCGAGAUGGCUACGUUGCAGUUUUUGGCACGUCAGCUACGACAGAAGGGUGUCAAUAAGAGGUUCAUUGUUGUGACAGACGGGAUUACUGGAGCUGCACAUUUGACCAGUGUUUUGCCGGGAAAAGUAUAG